UCACCAGACCAGAAUCCCAUGCAUCAAAAUAAACACGCAGCGAAGAAAUUCAACCGUCAAUAUUACUACUUUAUCAAAAUGAAAAUCUAUCCAACGACCCAGAUUUAGCGCAACGAAGGGUACAAGCGUAAUGAAUCAAAGUAGCAUGAAGUGUGCGAGUUUGAACUUUGAAGAUUGAUAAAUAAAACAGUGUUUGGGCUUUAUCGGAGUGAGUGAGAGUUACAUUACACAAACGUGUGUUUCGCGCUCUUUCUCUUCUCUCUCUCACCGUUUCAGUUUCAUUUCUCUGGAAGCUACUGGAUUCACAAGUUUCUCGAGCUUGAUGAGGAAGGAAGAAUCCACUCCGUUUGGCAGACCUUACAAUUUCAUGGCGCCUCAAGAUGAUCAAACUCCAAACAAACCUAUGUUACCACAUUGGACUACAGCUAUGCAGGCUUAUUACAAUCCAGGGUCUACUCCAAGCCCCUUUUAUAAUCAUCCACUUGCAGCUGCUCCUUACUUGUAUCAUCAGUACAUCUUGCAAAAUCAGGCAAACAAUGUACUACUUCAACGUGAUGCUCUACAUGAUCCCGUGAGGCUCUCCAAUAAACCGCACGUAGUUGUUGAGGAUGCUGCAAAGGCUUUUUCAGAAAUGGUACACAGAAAUUUUGGCCAAAAAAACCAAGAUUUCAACUUAUUUGCUAGAAACUCACAACCUGUAAGUUUAAUGACUGGCGAAUCAAGAGAAUUUGGAAACCAGUCUUCUGCACCCAAAAAUGACAGGGAUGGAACCUCAAUGAGUGCAGCAAGUGGAAGCAAGAGAUCACCAGAUAGAGAUCAAGAUGACAGUAACAAAAAUUCUCCUUUAACUAAGAAGCAUAAAUCUAACAUGAUUACUGCGGAUGAAAAUUCAUCUGGUCUGGCUCAGAAUUUGGGGACAGUCAUCAAGGAAUCUGAUGCCGACAUUGUUAAUGUCGAUGCUCAACUUAAAAAUAUGGAAGGUGAUGACAUAAGAAAAGAAAGAAAAAGGUUGUCAAACAGGAAAUCAGCUAAAAGAUCAAAGAUAAAGAAACAGCAAGAAUGUGAAGAGCUAUAUAAUAAGAUAGACACUCUUAAGGAUGAAAAUUCUGUCCUAGCACAAACGCUAGCUAAGCUUUCUGAGGAAUGUCUGGAGCUUGCCAAUGAAAAUGAUUCCAUUGAGGAAGAGCUAGUUAAGAAGUAUGGACCAGAAUCAAUUGCAGAUCUAUUGCUCAUUAAGCCUGCUUGAAACUCUGUGGUGGAGCCAAAAAAUAGUUUAAGACAGGAAGCAUAUCAAAGUGUACAAUUCAUUUUUUCUUUUUCUUUUCAAGAAAUGUACAAUUCUUUUUAUUUGAAUUUUUGACCCUGCUUUCAGUUUUUAAUCAAUAUUUCACACUAGACACAAUGAUUAGAUUUGUAAAUCAACAUAAAAGUAAGGCUUAAAUAUGUCUUUCGUCCCUGUAAAUAUAGGCCAUUUGAAUUUUCGUCUAUGAAGUUACUAAUCAUUUCAA